CAUCUCAGGGUUCAAUUUGUAUAGUGUUUCCUUUGUUUAUAAAAAAAACAACCUAGGAUUUUGAUCAGGGUACGGCCCUGUCGCCCCUAUACAAAAUUGUUGUCAACUGUUUAAUAAACUAAACUAAAACAUCUUAUAUCUAAAUAAUAAACAAUUUAAAUUAGGCCUAUAUUAAAUGUGAAAUGUAUAGACUGUAACAUUAUGUCCUGUGCAAAUGAACAAAUAUGUGAUGUAAGCAGUAAAUAAAAUGUUUUGUAAAAAGACAAGUGUUGAUAAAUUACCUCCAGUUACAUGUACAUAUUUAUUUCAGUACUGUUACGAAAGACUACAAAAUAGUUUGUUUACGUAGCCAUACGUAUUAUGGGUUUUCCCGAUCUAUUUUUGGCCAUUAUUAAUGGUCGUACGCAGUCUUUUUUAGUGUGGUCCAGACAUCGAAAUAAUUGGGGUACAGGGGAGGAGGUAGUACUAAAACUACUAAUUUAUUAAUUCACUUUUCAACUUGGGGUGGUGUGGUAAGCAUUAUAUUGAUUUGGGGUAGUGCUUUCAGCCCCAUCCUUUCCCAUCCCCCUCGAACAAAUUCCGUUGUUCUAUUUUUAACUAUUAAGCGACGUAGUACCAAUAUCAACAUCACACCGAACUUAAUCAUUCACUAUACAGUUUUCUCUCAAUAAAGGUGGUUUUAUUCGUUGUGGUUAAGCUGAAAUACUGUACAUACAAAAAGUUAGCUUCUACAUUUUGUAACAGACUAGUAGCUGACACCGAAAACUGACGAUGGUUUACACUUUAAGGCUGGUACAUAUUGUUUUACUAUUUUCAAACAUGAACUCCAGGGACUCUCAACCCAGCGAAACAACGCCUGUUAAUGGUGACAUGGUCAAGGAAGCGGACAGAAUUAAAUACAGGAUCGAUUCUUUUCAAGGCUGGUGUGGAAAAAAAACUCCGACUCAGCUGGCAAUCGCAGGAUUCCGAUACACGGGCUUGUCCGACAAAGUGAUCUGUGAUACCUGUGGACUCAAGUUAUACAACUGGCUGGAGAAGGAUAACCCAGUCCAAACGCACAAAUUACAUUCCCCAGACUGUAGUUUCAUAAAGAAAUGGUUCUCGAGUCAAGAAACCUCAACAGGGAACCCCAAUACACAAGCCAGUCUUCCGCCUCCAAGAUAUCCGAACUAUUCCACAUACGAAGAGCGGGUGGACAGUUUCUAUGGAUGGCCAUGUAAACAUGAACAUCAGUCUCCCUCUUGCAUGGCUCAACAAGGCUUCUUCUACAUCGGGUCCGCAGACAGGGUGUCGUGCUUCCAAUGUGGACUGCGUCUUCGAGACUGGGACGAGUGUGAUUAUCCUUCAGACUGCCAUAGAGAAUGGUCGCCGGACUGUCCUUUUAUUAACAAAAACAGCUCAACUAAUACUAGGCCAAUUCAAGGGGUUGAAGAUCCAUCUUCUAAAGUGCCAUAUGACACGGCAGACACUUCAGAAGGUGACUCGGACACAGCCUUAGCUGGUGCGACGUCUGCUACAGAUAAUUCACCCACAGAAGCAGCACCUGAUGUCCAGGAGAAUGAAGAUACUCUUAAUGUCGACCCCCAAAACAAUGAUUCUACGGCAGGUCUUGGCAAUACCGCUUCUAGUAGCUGGACAGAUGAUCAACCAGAUACCUGUCGCGUGAACUGGAGCAGCCCUAGAGUACAAGCUGUCUUAGAGAUGGGAUGUGAAAGGAAGCUCGUUGAACUUGUAACUACUGAACAUUUUAAAAAUACUGGCCAGGAUUUCCCUAAUGCUGCAGUACUCUACGAGGCCAUCCUCGCCGUGGAAUCCAGUACUAUUUGAAGCAAAAGUGAACAAAAGUUCAUAAUUUAUGGAAAAGACAGUAGACGCGGACUUUUGACACCACACUGUCUAGUGACCUGAGUGAAUAUACUUUACAUGACUGAAAUUUUUUUUAAAAGUAAAUUUGCAAAGGGCAUGUCAACAAAAAAGGUGUCCCUUUUCAAGAACUUAAAUACUGAACUAUUGAUAUUUUGUAAAUGUUGGUGCUGUAAUGUUAAGAUAUUAUAAAGACAUUAUUAUAAGGGCAUUACCUAUAAACAUUUAAACGGACUGUUCUGUCUGAGUGUCAUUUAUUUUCUUUUUGUCUUCUUACUUUAUAUAAACUGAAAUGAACAGAUAUAUAUUUCUGAUGUGUAGAUAUAAAAAAACACAAAAAAACACACAAAAAACAAACAAAUAUAUAUUAGGCCCAUAAAAACCUGGGGCGGGGGGGGGGGGCUUUGGGGU